AUGUUGAUUCCUUUUUAUACAUUUGCCACCCCAGUCCCUGACACCUCACAGAUCAUAGAUGGUAAAGCACUGUCAAGUACUUCAAUUGUGGUAAAAUGGUCUGAGGUUCCGUCCGCGGAGCAAUACCUCCUGCAGGUGAGAUCUGAGGACAAAAGCCAAAUCUUCAACCUGACCAUCACUGAGCUUUCAACCGUGGUGGGAAACUUGACCCCUUCCACCAACUACGACUGCUUCGUCUACACUAUAAACCAUGCAGGAAUGGGCAGCAGAAGCAAAGUGAGGACCGUCACCACAUUGACGCAGCCUCCUGUGGGCGUCACGGUGACACAAACAAGGCCGCGAAACAGCGAAGAGGUCCAGAACAUUGAUGAACCCAACAAUGAACCAACUGUGUACAAAGUUUCCGACACCAGCGUGGAUCUGGAUACCAUCCUGCCAUGUUCCACGUAUACAAUAUCAGUAUCCUCAUUCAGCUGGUUCCUGAUGCCGAGCGAGCCCACGCUCUACACAUACACUACUAACAAGUUGACUCCAGUUCCUGCAGUAUCAGUGGACUACAGCUGCGCCUCUCAGUCUGUCAUGGUGCGCUGGACGGCAGUCUUUGGAGCAGACUCUUACAAAGCCACAGCGAUGGGCCAGGAUGGCACACUGCUGACAUGUACCAGCCAGGGCACAAAGUGUCACAUCAGCGGACUGAGCUGUGGCCAGACUUUCAUGGUACACGUCACACCCAUGUCUGAAAACUGUAAGAACAUGAUCAACACCACCUGGGCUACCUUUCAGACUGCACCCUGCAUACCCCAAAAUCUGCAAACCUCGGCCGACUGCAACUCAAACCUUCUGGUCAGCAAGUGGGACCUGGCUGAGGGUGCAUUGCGUUACACAGUGGAGGCUUUUGGCAAUAAGGGACACAGCCAUUACAACUGCAGCACACAUUCCGACAGCUGUGUAAUAGAGAGUAUCCCCUGUGGAGAAUACUUGACCAUCUUUAUCACGGCUUUUGAUGAUGAAUGCGCUAGCCCGAGGAGGCUGGGACCUGUUGCUGAGACAGUCCCAUGCACACCUCAUAAUGUGACAGCAGUCAAGGAAUGUGGUGCAGACUCCAUCACAGUGACCUGGGCAGUGUCAGGCAGUACUCUUUUCUAUGUUGCCAUGGCGAUGGACAGCAGCGGCAUCGUUCACAGCUGUAACACAAUGGACUUGACCUGUACGAUUGCUGGCUUGAAGUGCAGCACGAGUUAUACUACAUACGUCAUUGGCUCCAACUUCAAGUGCAACAGCACGCAGAGCGAGGCGGUCACCACAGAGACAGCCAAUGAGGCUCUCAUCUCCUGGCAUGGCCAGCCCGAAAUUAACUCUUACACCGUCACCAUAGUGGAUAAAUAUGACCGACUUCUGAGCUGCAGCUCAACUGAAACCACCUGCGGGGUACCAACCCUGAAAUGUGGCCAACUCUACACUGUCACCGUCUUCCACCAUGACAGUAUCUGCCCAAUCAUGCCUUCUCAACCCAUCUACAUGGAAUCUGCACCAUGUGUGCCCACCAAUGUGGUGGCUAGGACAAACUGUGGCCAGAGUUUUGUUGAGGUGUCGUGGCAAGCAAGUCGUGGUGGUCUGCACUACGAGGCGGCUGCAACACACCAAGAUGGCCAUCAGCUGUCGUGUGCUUCCAAUGCAACGAGCUGCAGGAUGGAGGGUCUGAUGUGUAGUCAGGUUUACCACAUUGCCGUGUCUGCUGGCAACGACAACUGCUUUAGCAAUGAGAGCGCCAAGGUGCUGGUGCUAACAGCACUGUGCCCCCCUUCCCAGCUGAACGUUUCAGUCAAUUGUACCAGCAACAUUGCCACUUUAAGCUGGAACAGCAGCCCUAAUGCAGUGUCCUACACCAGCAAGGCCAAUAUUGUCAAGGUCUUGGACUGCAGCACCAACAUGCUGACCAUCAGCUGGGUACCCGGGAUAAUGCCUAUAAACUACAGUGUGAGUAUCCUGGCCGGAGAUGGCACGGAACUAAAAUGCAUCACAGAGACUUCCACGUGCACAAUGGCUAACUUAGAGUGCGGGACGCAAUACGACCUGACAGUCACUGCAGUUACCGGCACCUGUGAAGGACCAAGGAGUCUUCCCGAGACGAUUAAUUCCGGUUCGAAAGUCCUUGUGUUCCUGUUAAUGUCCAAAGCAUUGUAG